GUCUCUGCUGUGAUAGACAUUUCAGAGCUCUCCGCCCAUCCCCCGAAGCUGCCCUGACUCGAAGGAGCUGCUUUUCUUUUACGUUGUUGCUCUGUGGGUUGGGUCAUGCUCACAAUAGCAGCCCGGCUGGAAGGCACAAGGCUUUGUAGGCUGAAAAGUUUCUCGUGGAGAUUACAAGACCAGAAGAUGCUUUUGUUCCAAAUGGUGACAUUUUUACCCAUCUUUUUUCUGGUUUGCUUUGCAACAUGCCAAGAAGCUGAAAAUAAAAGAGCACUGACAGAACAUCAGCUUCUGCAUGAUAGAGGGAGGACUCUUCAGGGUUUAAAGCGGCUAAUGUGGCUCCAUAAUGCUGUAAGUGGAGUGCACACUGCCAGUGGCAGAGAUAUUUCCCAGGCACAUGUUAUGUGGACCUCACCGAAGAGCCAAGACCUCUCUGACCUCUAUGAUAGUACAGGCAGGGAAGAAGCGCCAGACAUGAUGAAGCAACUGUUGCUAGGAUUGCUGGAGAAGGACUCACCUUUUGCUGUAUUAAAGAAGACAAAUAUGCUGCAGUAUCUAAAGAAUGUAAAGGGUAAUCAGGACCUGCAAGACCUUUCUGACUUAUUUCAAAUUGCAGAUCAAGGUGGCAAUAGAUCUCUAGACUGAUUCUACUGUUGUCUGUCUAUUUCUUGACACAUACAGUGUUGACUCAAGGGAGUACACAAGUAAAGGUGAAAUGCAAAGAACAAA